UUCGCUUUGCUUUGUAGUCGAGCCACUGCCGCAUCUUCCACCACUACUGACGACUCGUCGGCUCGCCCAAGCGGCCAAACACCAUGGCCUCGCACCACCGCGGCCGCAUCCCCUCCUACCUCGCCACCGCCGCUGCCCUCCUCCUUGCCUUCCUCCUCCCGCCGCUGGCAUCUUCCCAAUCCCAGUGGCAGAACUGCGACGACAAGACCAGCAUGUUCACCCAGAACAGCACUUACCAGGCUAACAUCCAGGCCCUCUCCACCACCCUUCCCAAGAACGCCUCCUCCUCGCGGACGCUCUUCGCGUUCGCCAGCAUCGGCACCGUUCCGGACAUCGUGUACGCGCUCGCGCUCUGCCGCGGCGACGCCAACGCCUCCACCUGCGGCACUUGCGUCUCCAACGGCUUCAAGGGCGCGCAGCAGCUCUGCCCCUACAAUAAGGUCGCCGCCGUCUACGAAGACCACUGCUACGUUGGCUUCUCCAACAAGAAUAUCCUCUCCCCCACCGGCGGCGACAACAACGCCCUCAUACUGAUGAACACGCAGAACGUGACCGAGCCAGUGAAGGAGGUGUUCAACACCGCCGUGGGUAUCCUCCUGAACGCCACCGCCGAGUACGCGGCCACGAACUCAUCCAGGCGAUUCGGCACAGGGGAGAAGGGGUUCGAGACGAUCGACAAGGGGAAACCGAAGAUUUACGGUGUGGCGCAGUGCAGGCCAGACAUGGCACCGACCGAUUGCCGGAGCUGCCUCGGAAAUAUCAUCGCGGACAUGCCCCAGUACCUAAGCGGGAGGCAGGGUGGUAGAAUUCUUGGAUUGCAGUGCAACUACAGGUACGAGCAGUAUCCCUUCUUCACCGGGCCUUCUCUGCUGCAGCUCCCGGCACCAUCCGUGGGGGAAGCUCCAUCUCCAGCGCCGGACAACGUGACGCCACCACCAGUCAGAGGAGGAGGCACAAGGAAUGGAACUGUUAGAAUUUUAGCCAUUGCACUACCGAUAGUCGUUGCAAUACUGGCUGCUGUUGUAAUUUGCUUUUGUCUAUGGAGGAGGAAGAGCAAACCGGCGGCACUAAAGGCAUCAUUAUCAUAUCCAAAAAAUCCAGAGGACAUACAGAGUAUCGAUUCACUCAUUCUUGAUCUAUCAACUCUACGAGCCGCAACAGAUAACUUUGAUGAAAGCAAUAAACUUGGUGAAGGAGGGUUUGGUGUGGUUUAUAAGGGAAUCAUUCCUAACAAUGAAGAAAUAGCAGUUAAAAGGCUCUCACAAAGUUCUGGCCAAGGGAUAGAGGAGCUAAAAAAUGAGCUUGUUUUGGUUGCUAAGCUUCAACACAAGAAUUUAGUGAGACUUCUUGGUGUUUGCUUGGAGGAACAAGAAAAGUUACUUGUAUAUGAGUACAUGCCCAACAAAAGCCUCGACACCAUCCUUUUUGAUCCUGAUAGGAGAAGUCAGCUAGAUUGGGGGAAGAGAUUUAGGAUAGUGAAUGGGAUUGCUCGCGGCUUACAAUACCUUCAUGAAGAUUCUCAGCUGAAGAUAAUUCACCGGGACCUCAAAGCGAGCAACGUUCUUUUAGACUCUGACUUUAAUCCUAAGAUUUCAGAUUUUGGCUUAGCAAGGUUAUUUGGCAGUGACCAAUCCCAUGAUAUUACCAACCGUGUCGUUGGAACCUAUGGAUACAUGUCCCCCGAGUAUGCUAUGCGUGGGAAUUACUCUAUCAAGUCAGACGUGUUCAGCUUCGGCGUCUUGAUUUUAGAGAUCGUCACUGGAAAAAGAAACAGUGUCGCAUAUGACUCCGAGCAAGCUGUAGACCUCUUAAGUUUGGUCUGGGAGCACUGGACGAUGGGAACAAUUGUAGGGAUCAUGGAUUCAUCUAUGACUAGCCAUUCUCCUGGAGACCAGAUGCUGAAGUGCGCGCACAUCGGACUUCUGUGUGUUCAAGAAGACCCCGCGGAUAGACCGAUGAUGUCGGUUGUGACUGUCAUGCUAAGCAGCAGCACUGUGUCUCUCCAAGCUCCAUCUAGGCCAGCAUUUUGCAUCCAAAAGAGUGGCAUGAACUACUCGGGCAUGCACACAGAUCCAUAUCCAGGAGUUUCGCAUCCUACCAGCAGAUCACCUAUGUCACCAAACGAAGUUUCGAUUACUGAGCUUGAGCCGAGAUAAGUCCGAGCUUGAUGUGUAUUCAUUAUGUAUACCAUUCUUGCCAAAAUAACCUAUAUUGAUGCAGGGAAAGACCCUACUUCAUAUGUAGUAUAACUACUGGACCCCUGGGGGUAGAAAGUUACUGAGCAAUAGCAUAAUACGCCAUUGCUAGAGAAAA